CUCAGUUGGUUUUGAAGUGACAAUCACAUCGUUGCUACUUUUGGAGACAACAAAGAAAAGGGGAUUCCUGUCAUUCUCUCCUUCUUCUUGGCUGAUCAUCAUAUCCUGUUUGGAUCCUGCGUUGGGUCUGUUAUGUGAAUGCCAGAUCAGUUAAGACCGGUACACGCUGGCCUGCUCCUGUGCUUUACACUCGUAGGAGUUUUGUGUGAAGAAUUUAGCACAGCUGAAAAGGGACAGAACAUCAGAAGAUGGUUUGACUUGGAAGAGAGAAAGUGUUUUUGGCAUCUUCUCUGUUGCUAAAAGACAGAAAUCAGUCCUGUUCAUGUGAUGUGGAACAAAACCACGAGGUGCUGAAUUUGAUGGUUUGGUGUUCCUCUCUUGGACAGACGAGGGGAAAAGCACAGUUUAGUCUUCAGGCAGGGAGAAAGACCCCAUCACACCAUGGAUGGAAUGUACGGAUGCUUCAAGAGCCAAAACAACAACGGUGUUCCAAUGUCAUCAGGAACUGCAGAUGUGAUGGAAGACCAGGAGUCAGUGGAGGCCUCAGAGGAGUGCUCAGGAAAAAAGAAAUCCAAGUUCCAGACAUUUAAAAAGUUCUUUGCGAGGAAGAAAAGGAAGGAUACACCAACCUCGAGAGGAGAGGUGGGGCUUAAAGCCAGUCAGUCAACCGACAACGUCAGCAACACGGCAGAAAAGAACACACUCCCUCCAUCUGAGAAGGAUAAGGGCUCCGGGUCAAAGAUCAGUCUGGGCAACAAGGCCAUGUCACAUGACUCUGUCUUUGUUUCUGACUCGUCGGAGGCUAACGAAGCUCUGGGAGCAUCUCAAGACAGCAUUCACGGCAAAGUCAAGUCACUGCAGCUCCAGCUGAAACAGGCCAUCAGACUGGGCUCUCCUCCAUCACUGAUGUGUGUGAAGAAGACAGAAGAUGGAACCAUGUCUGAGGACGAUGGUCUACCUUGUAGCCCACCUGAAUACUCAGCAGCCCACAGUGGGCCGGUUCAGAGGACCAGCUCCGUCAGUCUGGAGGGAACAGACAGUGAUGAUGAUCAGCUGUCCUGUGCUGCCUCCAGCAGAGCAGUGAGCCCCCUGGUGGUGGUUCCAGGUGACUUCAGUCAGCCAGCCAGUCAUGUCGUCUGUCUGGACAACUCUGCUGCCAAAUACAAGCUGGGUCUGAGACACAAGGCCUGCAACAAGAGGAAACCUGCCCGUAGGCUGGAGAUGAGAAUGGAUGGAGACACUGUGGUGGAAGAGAUGGUGAGGGCCUCCUCACCUGAUGCUUUAGAGGAGAGAGAAGAGAAGACGGGAGAUGCGAGUGAUGAGCUGAAACUGGAGGAGGAGGAAGUGGCAGAGCAAAAAUCUAAGCAGGAGGAGGAGGACUCCAGAGAGGAUCAAUCAGAAGCAGAACAGGAUCUUUCGCAUGACCUGGACUCUUCCUCCCCUCCAUUUGUCUUAGAUGAGGAACCCUCGGAUACCCGGUCCUCCCCCCAGCCCAGCUCCAGAGCCUCCUCUCCUGAUAUUCCAAGAGGCACGCCAGAGCCCCCUACUGGACAGAGAGAGUACCUGCUGGACCCACCAGGCGUUGCCUAUGGAACAGACAUGAACAGCACUGAAAGUGACUUGGCACUGGGAAGAGGAGCAGGAGGAGGAGACAAAGUCAGAAGUAAUGCUGUCAAGGAGGAGGAGGAGGAGGAGAGUUCUCUCCUACAGGAAGUACUGAGCUCCUUAAAGACUCCACUCAGUUCCUCCUCAUUGGGCUUAGAGCUGCAGAUAGAUGAAAAUGUAGUGAAGGAGACAGAGGAAAGCAUGGUAACAGAGGUUGGAGAGCUAGAAGAAAGAGAGGAGGUGAAAGUGGAGGCUGCGAUUGAUGAUCCUGUCACUUAUCUGACCACUCAGUCUGGUUUGGGUCAGACCACCAAAGCAGAGGAGGUUUCACCUCUGAGCAGGAGCAUCUCCUCCUGUGAAGAAGUUGAAGAUGAAGAGAAAGAUGAAAAUGAAGCUUUUAAUGAGGAAGCAGAGGAGCUAGAGGAAGAAGAAUGUAGUCAACAUGAGGAUUUUCCUCAGAUUCAUCUCAAAGGAGAGAAAGAGGAGUCACAGGAGUUCAAAUGUAAAGAAGAAGAUGAGUUAUUAACAGGGAACAUAGAUUUAGAGGAAGGUGGAGACAAGUGUAAAGAUGAGGAGAUGGCAAGAGACCAGCAGAAGGAGCCAGAGACCAAGGAGGAGGGGCAAGAGAAGAAUAUGGCAGAAGUUGUGUUGGAAAAAAAGGAGCAAGAGAAGAGGAAAGAGGAAGAUGUGGAGGAAGAAGAGGGACAAGAAAAGAUGGUAGAGGAACAUGUGGAGGAACAAGAGAAGAUGGUAAGGGAACAUAUGGAGGAAGAGCAGGAGCAAGAGAAGAUGGUAAGGGAACAUGUGGAGGAAGAGGAGGAUCAAGAGAAGAUGGGAGAGGAACAUGUGGAGGAAGAGGAGGAGCAAGAGAAGAUGGUAAGGGAACAUGUGGUAGAAGAGGAGGAGCAAGAGAAGAUGGUAAGGGAACAUGUGGAGGAAGAGGAGGAGCAACAGAAGAUGGGAGAGGAACAUGUGGUAGAAGAGGAGGAGCAAAAGAAGAUGGGAGAGGAACAUGUAGAGGAAGAGGAGGAGCAUGAGAAGAUGGAAGAGGAUCUGAUUGAGGAGGAUGUGGAGAAGGAGUUGAAGGAAGGGAAAGAGAGAUUUGAAGAAGCACCAGAAGAAGAGAAGACAGAUAUUUCUCCUGUUGCAGUAGGUGAAGUACUUCCAUCUAUGAUGUUAUUCCACAAGGUUGAUGAAUUUGCUCGAGUCGGCUCAAAUAAUGUCCGAGUCCAUGCAGAGCUGUGUGAUGGUGCACAUGACAUUCAGAUGUCUUCCAAUCAAGAUUUGAGAGAUGAGAUGAAUGAUGGAGAAGAGCAGAUGGGGGAUGGUGUAGAAAACUACCACAGAGAACAAAAAUUAGAUCAGGAAGACAUGGAAGCAGAACAGGUUGAUGUGGAUGAAGAAACGGUCGAACAAGACAUGGAGAAAAUGGAGUCCAACCAAGAUGAGAUGUAUUUGGAGAAAGACAAUGAAGAUGUAGAACAAACAGCCAAAGAGCAGGCUCAGUCUUCCUCUACACGUCUUCUUGAAUCACAGCUUCAUGAUGCGACUCAAUUACAAGAGAGUGAGACCAGUAGCAGCUUCACUACGACCACUACCCAAAUAAAUCUAGUCUCUCCAAGCUCAGACGAAGUCCCAUCUCUACUCCAGGUGUCCCGUAGCCCUGCAGAUCCCAGCAAGGAACCAACUUGUCAUGCUUUGGAAGUACCAGAGCAAACUACAGAAGAAACUGUGCGAAUGGUAGAAGAACGAAAACAGUCCACUGAGGUAGCAGUCACUGUGGUGGAAGAAACACCCACUUCUAGUCCGACUGCCCCAGUGGAGAAAUUGCUUAAACAUUCAUCCCAUAGUUUAGAUCAGAGUAACGUCCGCUUCACUAUCGCUCCUGCCUGGCAGAGAUCCCUAUCUACUGGAGAUGCAAGCCUCAAAGAGAGCGUGACUGCAGCAUCUCCAUCUUCUCCACCAACCUGGAUCUCACCUUCUUCUAUCACCACAUCUGGAGGUACAGAAGAACCUUCUAUAAGUGAGAAGGCUCAUGGCGGGAAAGCAGAACCUGUAAGCUCAGCUACGGUUGAACUGGUGUUGAGCCCUGGAAGAAAGAAAAAUGUCAACAUUGUCUCAACAAAACCACAUGCAGAUCCACCAACAGCUCCUGUGAAGCCUCAGUCCACAACUCCACAAGAAAGCUCUUUCAUCACGGACGGAAAUCCUGAAAGUCUUUUUGGAGUUCGGCUGAGGAAGACGGCAGUGUUACACUGGAAAAGCCCCGAGGAAGAAAACACGGAGCUUGUCUUUGAAUCCUCGGCUCAACCAGUCAGCAUUAAGCCGGUGCUUCCUAAGAAACCGGAGCUUCACAGUGACAGUGGAGGAAAAAACAAAUAUAUCUCAGACUCAUCUGUAGUUCAAAGUGUUUCUGGUGGAUUGGAGUCUCCGAGCUGGAUCUCUGUGGCCAAACAGAAGCAGAGGAUUUAUAAAGAAACCUCAAUGGAAGACAUUAAAGUUAAAAAGGUGGAGCCAGAGAAGACGUCAUCACUGCCACGGUCUGUGGACUCGACUGCAUGCAGCAAAACCCCUGAACCUGCCAACAGAGUUAGUCCAUUAGAGACCAAGACUUCAUCUCCUUUGGAAGAAGAUGUAAAUCCGACUUGCUCUCCUUCAGCUCCAGUGCCAGCCCAUUUUCCAAAAUCCCAAUCACUCCACUCCACGCUUUCUUCAAAUGCCCAGGUCAGCCUGACCACCUCAAAAUACCCAACUCAGCUUUAUGCCACUCGAAGGUCCAUGUUCCCACCAACACCAGUUCCAAUUCCUCAGAGAUCUCUCUCAUUGACUAGCCAACCGUCUUCUUCCAAAUCUGCUACCUCCCCAGAGCCCCAAAGCUCUCCACUCACCUCCCCUUCCUUUUCACAGAGAGUGACCCCGGUACAGUCUGGUCCCACUCCCUCAGGAGCUCCAUUGCCCUCCAUCCAAACCUCAUCAUCUCACCGAGGUCAGCCAAUAGCACCAAUGCCCCAAGAUGAGCCACCCUGGAUGGCUUUGGCUAAAAAGAAGGCCAAAGCCUGGAGUGAGAUGCCACAGAUAAUCCAGUGAUGGGCAAGGUUAAAGUAAAAUCAAGUGCUUGGGCCCAGGGUGACUCAAAAAUACAGACAGGGUUGAAUCCAAAAGAGGGCGACAUGAUCCUCAAAUGGGCCAAGAGUGGGUGGUUCAACCACUACAUACAGUACUUGCACCCUAGGAGUUGUUUUCUUCAUACACUCUAAAAAGUGAACCGCUGUCUCAACGAGAAAAAGUGAUGUAACAAUUUGCAUAGAUUUUUAAAAAGUUAUUUCAACUUAACAAAACUUAUUUUAACUUAAAGGACGUGUCGCACAUUUUUUAAUAUCCCAGUUAAGCAACACAACAUCAAAGAUUCAAGAUUGUAAGUCUCUCCUCGCACAUGCACACAUAAUUAGUGGUCUCCAAUGUUUUUUAUUGCUCUCCUUGAGUGAGUUAAAACGUGCAUUUCCAGAAAACGUCUCACUCGGCAAUUCUCUGCAAUUCUCGGCAUUAUUUGACGUGUGAUGUACAUAUUAGCAAAACAGAAACAUCUGAUGGCUGACAGAGGAGCAAAACAAAUGCGGUUAUGUCUGACACCAAAGCAUCCAACCUUUUAUUUGAAAGUGAUGGUUUGGAUUUUCAGAACAGAUGACACACUUCACCCCAAAACUCUUACUUUUUCAGAGUCUGUCACAUUUUGGAGCCUAAAGUGUUGUGACGCUGCUGUUUGUGUCACAGGAUGCUGGCUUACUGCUGCCAUGGACAUGGACAUGGACUGUCUCCACCACACUGUUUUUACAGACUGCCUGGACACGCAAAUGCAUGUCUCAUAUUGGAAAAACUCAAAAAACGCUGUUCUCAGGAGAUAAUGGACUCUCUAUCUAACGUGCCACAAUCAUGACAGAAUUUGAGCCAAAGACAGAGCUGUGAUUGGACAUUAUGCAAGCAUGAUUAGAACCUGAGGGUAGGGAUGCACUUUUUUCCAGACCGAGUACGAGUAUGUACAUUUGAGUACUCAUCAAUACUGAGUACCGAUACGAAUACUGAAUGAUACAAUUACAGUUUUAUGAUGACUUUGAAAACAUUUUAUUCAUCAGUUCUUCUUUACUUUUUGACUGUAACUGCUACCA